AUGGCUUCUUCUACCGUCUUCACUUCGCAGAAUAUCACCGCCAGUGAGGCAGAGCGAACCCCUCGCUUUGGCAAAUUGUUCACGUCUGGUUUGGGUUCGCCGUUCCUUACCACUGCCGACCUUCCUGGGGACGACGAUGUAGCGAACGCCGACACCAAUGCCGGCAAUGCCGAACUGGACCUGGAGGACGUGGACGGGGCCUUUGCUGCUGUACCUCGCGCCUUUACGAUCACACGCCCCGUCUCUCCGACGCCCAGUUUCCGUACUGAAAAUUAUUCGAUCAUCAAUUGGGAUGCCACUACCUUUGCUACCAUUUAUGGUUCUGGUGACCGCACACCCCGAUGCUCUGCCGCCUUUCUGCCCUCCUCGCGGCGCACCCUCGCAGGCUACCCUUACUGUCCCCCAUCGUCUCCGACCCAGCUAAAGAGCUCUCGCAGUCUCACACUUGGCAUCAUUCCACGCAUUUGGGAUGCGCUGCGCGAGGGCUCGCCGGGGAAGAAAGGCAAACGUCGGCCGGGCCUUCCGUCUGCUUCGGCUUGGCGAGAGUCGGGGUGGGUGGUUGAUACCUACGACAGUGACGAAUGCGUCGACUACUCGAGCAUGCUCCCGCUUGACGGAGAGGAAGGCGAGCUGAUCGAUGAUGAAGCGUGCUUCAUCGACAUUAGAGCGGUGACAGGUGUUGAUAUUGUUGCACUACUCCCUCCGGAGCUCGCGCUCCAUCUUCUCUCCUUCCUCGAUCUCCCGGCGAUCAUCGCUUGCCUCAGGGUUUCCAGGACAUGGAACCGCCUUGCGGACGACAACUCGAUCUGGUGCACGCUGUUUUCGCAGCGUGAGGCAGAUGGGUGGCGUGCGGACCUGCGCCGCGCCCACUCCGCGUCCCCCGCGCUGCUAUACCCGUCGCUCUCCUCAUCGAGAGCGCUGCUGCCCGCUCCACUGGAGAUCGAUUGGUACGAGACGUACCGCACGAGGACGGAGCUUGACCGGCGGUGGUCCGUCGCUCCCAACAGCAAAUCCAGCACCUCGCAGUCUUGGGAGCCCGUUGUCCGGCGGAUCAGCGGACAUCGCGAUAGCGUGUACUGCCUCGAGUUCGACUCGUCGCGCAUCAUCACCGGUUCGCGCGACCUCACGAUCAAGGUGUGGAGCCUGAAGACUGGCAGGUGUCUCGGCUCGUUUGCAGGUCACCGCGGCAGCGUGCUAUGCCUGAAGUUCGACAAGGACUGGGACACGGUGGAUAACGUCGGCGAGGAUGACGACGAGGAUGUGCAGACUGCACGGGUGCGCAAGGGUUUCCUGGUGAGCGGGUCGAGCGACUGCUCGGUUUGCGUCUGGGAUCUGUCGGUCCUGCGUCCGGCGGAUGGGGAGGUGCAGGGCGAGCAGCCGGUCACAGCCGAGGUUCGGGCCGUGUUGAAGGGGCAUUCGGGUGGAGUGUUGGACUUGAGGAUCGACUCCAAUUGGAUCGUGAGCUGCUCCAAGGAUGCGCUGAUUCGUGUCUGGGACCGGAAGACCCUGGGUUUGCAUUGUACGCUGCGGGGGCACGAGGGCCCGGUGAAUGCCGUCGGGCUGCAAGGACAUAGAGUGGUGAGUGCGAGUGGGGACGGGAAGAUGAUGUUGUGGGAUAUCGCGACCGGCGAGCGCCUGCGGACGUUUGAGGGACACGACCGGGGUUUGGCAUGUAUUGAGUUCAAGGAUGACCUCAUUGUGUCAGGCUCGAAUGACUGCAAAAUCAAGGUAUGGUCUGCCUCCACCGGCACGUGUCUGCGCACGCUUGUGGGGCACGAGAUGCUCGUGCGCGCGCUGUCGUUCGACCCGCGCAGCGGACGGCUCGUGAGCGGGAGCUACGACAAGACUGUGAAGGUUUGGGACCUCCACACGGGGCGCAUGGUGCGUGAGUUCCGCGGAUGCCAUGAGAGCCAUAUUUUCGACGUCAAGUUCGACCAUUGUCGGAUUGUGAGCACAUCGCAUGAUCAACACAUAAUUAUCUUGGACUUCUCGGAAGGAUUGGAUGUGUCGCUGUUUGUUUGA